AUGGUCAACGAUGUAAAACAUCAGCUCAUUGAUAUUCUCCAGCAUUCUGAAUUUUCUAUACAAGUAGAAGAAUCAACUGUUGUGAACAAUCAAUGUUUGAUGAUGGUAUAUGUCCGAUAUCUUAGCAACGACCUUCAACCUUGUGAGGAAAUGCUGUUCACAGAGAAAUUGCUGCUUGACUCAAAAGGUGCAUCUAUUUUUCUCACUCUCAAGUCUUUUCUUUUUGAACAUAAUAUCUCACUCAGUAUUAUUCUUACCUGUGCAUCUGAUGGAGCCCCUUCGAUGAUAGGAAGAUACAGAUGUUUUUCAUCUCUCCUAAAGCGUGAAAUUUCCCACCAGAUACUAACUGUUCAUUGCAUGGCACACCGGCAGCAUUUAGUGGCAAAAAAUAUGAACAGUAGACUGAAUGAUGCUCUACAGUUAGUUAUCAAGACUGUGAACAAAUUGAAGUCUAGUCCCUUGUCGGAUUGA